AUGGAGGAAGGAUGGCACCUUGAUGCUUUUGACGACGGUUCUUUGAGUGAGUUAUUGCCACGCUUAAACCGGAGGAUAACUUUUAACUCAUUGCUAAUCAAAUCUUAAACGAUUAUAGAAAUCGUCGGAGAGGCACAGUUGAGGAAGUAUGGGCAAUUUUUGGAGGAAUAUGCUUCUCAGUUGAAAGCUAUUGAAGAUGCCCUGGAUGAUUCUGUGGGAGACUCUUGGGAUUUCACGUUGGAUCCCAUUGCUCUGCAAGUAUGUUGUCCACUGAUGACAAACUUAGGAUAGCUUCUAGUUUGUUGUACCUUGCAAUGCAUAUAAAGCAAGGUCUUUGCAAUAGAGACAAAAUCCUUGGAAGUAGAGGUUGGAUAAGAAGUAGCCUGUUCCAGGCAUUCAGAUGGUGGGGCACGGGUGAAAAAUUGACGAAGGGAAAAAAAGAGAGGAGACCAGGGUGAAAAAGGGGACGAAACGUGUUUACUUGCUCUCCACCCAGUCUCCCCUCAUUUUUUCCCUCGUUCCCUGCAUAUGAUUUAACUCACUCGCUCCCCACCAUCUAAACAUCAGGAACAGGCUAGAUAAGAAGGGGCGGAAGGGCAAAAGGGGGAAGAGGAAGGGGGAAAAAAGAAAGAAUUAUAGGGAAAAAGUAGGCCACUUCAGAAGUAGCCUGCAUACCAAUAAUUAUUGCUCUGCUCAAGUUAUUGGGUAAAUGUUUGAGAGAAACUGGAAGAAGGAGGAAUGAAGGGGAGAAGAGGAAACACUUGCUCCCAUAACCCACCAACCUUAAAAUUGCAUAUGCAUUAAAACACAGGUGCUGAUUGGUACACAAGGGUAGCCUUGUUUGAAACAUAAUCAAUAGAUCAAUCAAGCCAGGUAUAUUAUAUGUUUACCUGCGUUACAGACAAAUACGUUAGAAGAUUAAUUUGAAUCAGCUUGAGGGAAGUUUGUCAGAACUGAGCUGAUUGGAGGUUUCACGAGAAUCAUUGUCUCAUUUCAUCCCUUCCAUUGAGGUCCAACAAUGGAGACCAUUUUGGUGCGUCAUCUGACUGAAAAACUGGAAUGUUUGGCAAAAAUACAUCAACUAAAUGAUAUGUACAAGUCAAAUGUAUAAGUAAUUUUCGUUUAUAACUUUCUCUAAGAAGUUGUCCGUGCUAAACAAUAUACAUUGCACAUUUUUAGCGACUCUAUACCAGUCCCAGGUACUUGCUCAUCGUAAGUUUUAUUUACUUUUGUAAAGUGUAUUGUAAUACCGUUAUUCGUAAGAAUAUGCUAAAUAAACCACACUAGCUUACUUACUUACUACAUAUAAACGUUGUUUUCUGUUGCUUCCCAGAUUCUCCCCUAUGAACAGUCAAGGCUCUUGGAACUUAUUAAAACUGAUAACAAGGUCUGUGCUCUAAAUUUACUUUCUUGUAUACUGGCACAUUUUUUUAGAUAAUAAUAGCCUUUUUAAAGUUAAUUUAAGCUGGGGUCAUAUGGGGAAUGACUCUAUCGAUUUGGACUUAAAUAUAUUGUUACUGUAAACCUAGCAGCAAUUACUAAGCUACAAUAUGCCAGAAAGGAGUUAACACUUUUCAAAUCAAGGUCAGCUUUGUAUUCACCUGAAAAUUGCACAUUUGUAUUGGUGGCAUUUGAAGGUAACACCAACCCAGCACAACUGAUUAUUUGCUUAUUUCUCAUUAAGGUUUUCAACAAAGUGGUAAUGGUUUUUGCAUCAUUAUGCCGAGAAAUGGAUCAGUUGAAACAUGAGGUGUGAAGUUUAGUCAUUUAAAUAAUGUAGUUUUAAGUUGUGUUCUUAUAUAGGUUUGCCAAAUAAUUAUUUACAAUGUAUAACAGUCCUAAAACCAGAAGUAUAGAAUGAUCCAUAGCAUCUGCUUCAAUAAACGUUUCUUGGGUGUGCCUUAUGAAGAAACAUACUAAGCCAAGAUGGUUCAACAUUAAAAAGCUAAUAUUUUGUAUGCAUUGGUGCUUUUCCAUCCUUAAGUACUUCUAUGAACAGGUAACACCCCUAAAGUACACUCAUAUCCGCUGAACAUAUGGAAAAAGUUUGUAGUCUGCAGUAGUUACGUAACUUGUAUUUGUUUAUCUGUUACUUUAGGCCACCACAAAGUACUUUAUACCACUUCUGCUCUAUGAAGAAGCAGGUAACAUUGGCCACUCACUUAGUACUGUACCCGGUACUUACAUUUUUUCGGUGGUUUUGAAUUUUCUUACAAGUAAGCUGGGUGUUUAUUCUAUUUUUGAUAAAUAAAGGAUCUGACAAGGAACAGGCUCAAGAAGGUGAAAAUCAAGUACGCCUUGGUCGAGUGUUAUCUUUGCUACAAGAUCUCUCCAAUUUUGUAAAGCGAUCUUAUGAAGUGGUUAAAAAUGUUGUCCAGCAGCUUGCAAUGUUGUACUCAAAGUAAGAACAAUUAGUGAUUAUAUUAACAGAGUUAACUGUUGUUUGUUGAGAGGUUAUUUGACCUCUACAAAACUGGGUUAUAGUGUGUCUGUCAUGCAUGUGAUUUGGGGUCCUUCAGGGAUGUGCUAUAGCAGUACCCUGCAGUGCUGUUGAUGUCUUACUAUAAAGUGCUGUUAGGGGACUAGGGAAUCUUAGGUUUUUCAAACGAAUUCUUGAAUUGACAGGGAACAGACUAUAGGCAAUAUUAUUGUUAUAUCAAAUAUCUAACUGUUUUAAAUGCUAAACCAAGAAAAAACACACAAGCUCUUAAUGGCAGGGACAGCUGAAUUGUCAACUAUUCCUAGUCAAUAGGAUGCCUGAAAUGCCUGCAAUCGCACACUUGAUUGUGACUCAAUUACAGAUGAUUGAGGAGGAACCACCCACAAUGGGUGCACAAUUACUUACAGGUCAUAUUACUAUAAAGGAAAGCAACACAAUAUCAAUGCAAUCCAUUACAUUAGAAACUAGGUAAAUGCAUCAACCAAAGCAUAAACACAACUUUAAUUUAAAUAUAUAUAGAGAGAGUUAUUUGAAUAAAUAUGCAUUUGCAUCUAAAGUGGGAGCAGUGCACUAGUGAGUAUAGUAAAGGAAACAGUGUGAUGAUAGUAUACAAUAUUUAACUGCUAGUGCAUGCAAGUAUUUGUCCUUGUUGUGUACCUUAGUGAUAAUUAGUAUUUUAGUAUUUUAUCUUAAUUGAGGCUCUGUUCAAGUUAAAUUCCGUCAAGCGACAUAACCUUGAAACAGGGACAUAGGACAGCAGAAGUGGCGACAAAUGACACAAAAAGAGAAAAGUGCAAAUGCAAUAGUGAAAAACUAACAGUGACAUGGCUUCCUCUGUGAUAAAAAAAAUUAUGUGAAACAACAGACUUUGAAAUCCAGACUAGAGACAUAUGUAACCCCCUAAGAGGGCCUCUUAGCUGAACCUGGGCACCCUUCAUUUCACAGGGUCUGAACCUGGGCACCCUGCAUUUCACAGGGUCAGCAGAGCAGUUGCUUUCCUUUUUCCUUAUACCUUUGCUUCCUCUUUCCGAACAAAAAUCUCUGAUCAGUAACUAAUAACUCAUUGGGACGGAGUAUUUAAUUAUUUACCUUCUGAUUAAAGUUAUUGUGGUUUUGUAGAGUAGGCCCCAAGGUAAUGGAUGUAAGUGGAGUUCAUUUUACUGUAAGUACAAAUUACUUUUUUUCUUUCCCCUUUUUUUUGCAUUUGGUGGGAAAGUAGGAAAGUGAGCUGUGGUGUAUCUAUACGAAUUCCAUGAAGGAUGUAGAGAUUGAUAGCGAUUUAAUAAAUGGUUAUAAACAAGCACAUGUCAUGUGGUAAGAAUAGGAUGUCACAAUGAUUCAGAGGGAAAAUGUUUCAGAGUUCUAGCUACCCACACAAACGUCUACCAUCUGGUAUUAAUUUCCUGUAUAGAAUAUGAACAUGUAUAUUUACAUCUCUUUCCCCCUCAUUGGCAACAGACUAAAAAAGCGACAUGUACAACUUCUCACUUCAUUUUUUAAAAAAUUUUUGAAUAUCACUACAGAAAAUUGCGGCAAUUAAGUCCUGUGAAAAUAUGUAACAUAAAGCAGGCAUAAAAGUUGUGGCAAUGACUAAUUAUUAGUCAUAGCUGCAACUAAUUAUUAAACUGAUCCACAUCCCUGAGUGGUUGCAGGCAGUGAGGGGUGACUGGGUUUAAAUUAAGAUAUUUUGGGGGUAUAUAUCAACUGAUGCAAUUUUGAAACAAUUUAUUAUUGUUGUAAGGUUGCACUAUUACAUAAUGUCAGAGGCCCUGCCCUAUUUAUUACUAUUCUUCCUGUGUUUCAGACUGUGUUUGAACAUCUAGCCAGUCUUCUUGGGGUGUUAAUAACCUUAGAUGAAAUUAUUGAUGCCAGCCAUACUCUUAAGGAACACUGGAGACAAUACAGACGGUACUUAAUAUUCAUUGAAAAAAUUACUGGGGUUAUUAUAUGAAAUAUGCAUUUGUCCAACUAUCAUGAGGGUUUCUUAAAACAUUAAUACUGUAGGUAUUGUUAAAUUUUGGUCAUCAUGGAAAGACCUUUGUUCCUGCAUUUUUUAAAGGUCUCUGUUGAUCACCUAUUUGAUGAAGUCUGGAAAAAAAGUCUUGAAUUUUGGAUCAAAAUCUGUAUGAACCCUGCGUGACUUAUACACUACAAAUGAAUCCACUGAUCCCUUUCUCCUAAACCUCAAGUCAACUGGAAUGUUUCUCUGCUACAGGCUGGAGUUUAGAAAAACAAAAUUAAUUAUUAAUUUUCCUCUGUUUCAGGAUGAUCAAAUCAAUUUACAGUAACACUGCGUUGUUUGGUGUAGAAGAGGAAAAGCUGCGACCUCUUGAGAAACUCCUGAUGAGUUUAGAAGGACAACUCCUUGAUGGUGUGAUUUUGCAGGUUUAACUGACUAUUUCAUACAUUUGGUAGGGGUAGGGGGAGAUGCCUGUGUAGUGCUUAGGUGCUGUAUAGUGAGAUGUGAAGUGCAUUGGACUUAGUAACUACCCUGACUACUGACACCAAUUACAUUGACUACACUAACUACACUUACUACACUGACUACACUAACUGCACCAUACUGACUACACCAAUCACAACAAGUACACUGACUUCACCGACUAAACUGGCUAUGAUUAUUAUUAAAUAUUAUUAUUAUUUUUAUCAUUAUUUUUAUUUUUAUUAUAAUUAUCAUGUCUAUUGUUUUGCAGAACUGUAUUGAGCAGCCAUUUGAUACUCAAGUUGUGGGAGUCGCACGAAACGGUGAUUUUGCUGAGGAGUUCCUGUACAACAUCAGACUCAUUUUUCAAAGUCUUGACACAAGGAUGAGUAUGUUCUUAAUAAUAUGAUAUUAAUAAUGCACCACUGACAUUCCCGCAGCAUAUUACAUGUACAUGAUUAGACUACUCUACCCAUUAAUUAUUAUGAUUUUAACCAUAAGAUGGUGAUCAGUAAUUUACAAUAUUACUCAAUGUAAUGUUCAUCCAAACUUCUCUCUUGUAAAUCUCAGAUGAACCUCAUGAGGUGGAUCAGAGACAGAAAGUUGUUGGUUUGCUUGGAUUAUUUGUCUUGCACUUUCAGAUCUAUGGAGGCCUUGAUAAAAAAUUCUUUAGCAAGUUGUGGGACAUUCACAAAAAGGUAUUUAUUAGAACUUAAAUAGAGGCUUCACUAUCUCCACUCUAUCGUGUUUCCCAAUAUGUGACACAUUGGGAUGAUAUUGGGUCGUUUACCCUGUCUUUGAUAAUUACAAGCCAAUUUCGUCAAUAGUUCUUUUUUCAAAUCUAAUGAAUGGUGUCCUUUUUAUGGUCCAACCAAUAAAGGAACUCAUGCUCUAAUUGACAUUAACCAUGCUUCCCUGUACGACCCAUAACUGCCUGUGUGGAUCCGAUUCCUUUGUGGCAGUUGUGAUGCCUUUAGUUUUAAAAGUCAAGGACAACUUUGUUAUCUAAUUACUUGUACAGGGGGAAGAGAUCUUCCAAAUCAUGCUAGAAGUAUAUACAUGAUUCAGAAAUUUAUUCACCCAAAUGAUCAUGAUAUUUUCUUUCUUCAGAAAUUGACAUUACAGAUAAUGACCUCUCUUAGAAAAUCAUGUAAACUACUUCUUCAUAAAAAAAUUAAUGUCAUCUGUAGCUCUAGGGGGGAGUUGUGGCCUAGACUCCGCAUGGAAGAUAUUAGACCACUGCAUUAUACAGCCCAAUGUGCAUGUAUUAUUAUGGGUGUCUUGUUUUUGUCCUCAUAACUGGGUGCCUCAGUGUCCACGGAAUGUCAACAUUAUUGAAUGAACAAAUUUUAUAAGGCAACCUAGUUUGCACGACUUAUCAUGAUUUUGAAACAUUUUUAUUUAAGGUACCUUCUGUCCACCUUGCUGGAGAUAUCAUGUUCUUUCCAAAUGAGUUUCUCUUGCGCAAAAUUCCUCUUCUAAACAAAGUUGUUGAUAAGAAACAAAAGGUUGCAGCAGAAACCUCCAAAGAACAGUAUUUGACUUUCUGUAACCAAAAUCUGGUCAGGUGAGAAGCCAAAUGACUUCAAAUGCAUUUUAUAUUAUUAUAACAUUAUGCAUUUGCUUGAUAAAAGCACUACUUGCUUGACUUAAUGUAUGUUCUAGUAAUUGUUUAGUUUUCACGGGAUUGUUUUAUGCAUAAACAUGCUUGAAUUUGAUGUUCUGUUAUUGUUUUAUUAACCAGGGAUGCUCAGAUUUAUCAAAUGCAGGUCAGUUCAUGGAUGGUUAAUAUGGAGUCAUCUUUGAGUAAGGGAGGUUCUCUUGUUGAUGAUCUCAAUACUCGCUGUGUGCUAUUCAUUAAGGUAACUCUUAAUAAUUAAUGCAAGUAGCAUUCUUCUUAAAGGGAGACUGCAUGAUGAAGUGGCUGGUCUUAGUUCAAGUCCUCCCCUAACUGCUAUGAGUUGAAAUCCUUGUCCUUGAUCAUUGAUAACCUUAUUGGUCUUACAACCAGUUCAGAUAUUGUAAUAACCCUGUAAUGUUAAUUUGAAUAUAUUCUACUCUCUCUUAACAGACACCCCAGUAAAUGCAACACCUACUGUAUAUAGUUGGUCUCUGCCUUUCCUCACUCCUUUUAUUCGACUCUCUGUAAGAUGGACAGACGCUUAGUGCCAGUCCCAGAGGUGUCAGCUGUCAGUUCACUUUUAUAAAUGUAUCUUAAACUGACAUGUACACUGACCAUACUUGGAUUACAUUUUAUACCCUGAUAGAAUGUAGUUUUUAAUGUAAACUCAUAGAUUUAAAGCUAUGGAAAUUGUUUUCAGGGUAUUCUUAUUGCUCAUACAGUGAGUCAUUUAGUGCGCACUGUCAUGAACAUGCAUCUUGUGUUGUCCAAGCCACUUACAAAGGCUGCUGUACUUGCAUUGUGCAGACUGACAGAACUUCUCAAGGUAAAAAUGGGCUAAAAUAUUUAGUAGAGGAAGCCACAAAUGUUGCAAUAUCCUAGUAAGCCACCAUGCAAGCAACUCUAACCACGAGCAAAAUCCAAUGAGGCCACUUAAAGUCAAGAUUGCCUGUCAAAUAGCCUGCUGUGAAAGUGCCUGAUCAUAUACCCUGUUUGAGACAAGGAGUUGUGGUUUUAGAGAGGGGCAGUUUAGUUACCACUAGUAAAAUACUGUUGUUUUACCACUGACUUUUUAAACCUCCCAAUUAAUUCCAAACAAUUUGCAGUAGGUAGAUUUUAGCCCAGGAUUUAACAAUUGAGGACAUUCAGUACCAUAAAUUACAAACUAAAGACAAACUAGAACAAUUGCAGAAGUUGUGAUUUAGCUCCUUCAAGUCUUGUGUAGCCUUAAUUUCCAUCACUGGUAUUCUUUUAUUCACUUUUCGUCAAAUUUUCACUCUUUGACUCUUAAAUGACUACCGCCCUGUAGGUUGUUAAGUCACUGUUAGCAAUAUUCCUAUUCAGGACUAUGCUCACCUGGGCGAUCGUAUUCCACUAACUUAUAAUAUUCUUUUAUUGUCACUAGGCCAUCGAACACACAUUUCACCGGCGUAGCAUGCUCAUAGCAGAAAGUGUCAGUCACAUGCUCCAGCAUUUGACAUUCAUGGCACUAGCUUGUAUUGACACUGCCAAGGUAAAGUGCUGCUGUAAACAUGUGUGAUAACAGUGUUGUACUAAACACAUUUUUGACCUAAUUUUAAGGAUCCUAGAAAUUGUUGCUCAAGAUAAGAGUCAUGAAUAAAAUUGUUUCCUUUUGCUCUUCAACAUUUAUCUGUUGCAAAGAUUGUCAUCCACUACAUUGUUUUAGUGCUGAUAUAUUGUUUUUAUACUUGGCACUAUUUUUCUUUGUAGAAACGUAUCGCUGCAGACAAAAAGUAUACAGACAAGCGACUUGUAAGUUUUAUGUUUUGCAUAAGUUCCUAUUACUAGAGUGUAACUUACACAGUUUCACUAAGUUUAAAAUAAUGUGCAAUGAUCAAAAGGCUGGUAAGGUUUUCUUUUUUUCUCAACUUAAACAGUGAAAUGAUUAAGUGUUUUGUGUUAUUAAACAGAUGUUUGUCUCUUGUUUUCUUAAUUUAGGAUGUGCUGGCAGCUCUUGUUUUGGUUCAGAAUGCUCUUAAUGGUCCAGGUAAAAUUUAAUGACACUGUGACUUAUAAGUUGGCCCAUACAUGUGUUAUUCAAGACAUUUAGUUAUUAUGCCAUGGGAGUUUAUGUAUUACAUUUACACAUUAUUUUAUUUAUGUAUUACAUUAUGCAUGUUUCAAGAGAUUACUGCAGAUAAUAGAUAAUUAAUUUUGGGCCUCACUGUAUUGCCUAGUGAAUGAUGGUGACCACAAGGACAAUAUAAACAUUUUCAUUGUAAAAUUAUUAGAAAAUAAUAUUGUAUCAUAUUUUAGUAGAUAAUAACACCCAGGUGCUAGUGCAGUCGUUUCAAAGAUACUAUUUUGAUAACCAAAAAAUGUUACCCAUCUUUUCUAGCUACAAAGGAACGUAGGCUUGUUACGCAACUGGGACUCCAUGUAGGAACACAGUUUGUAAGUUUGCUUCAUUUGUUAUUCUUGUGAACAGCAGAUUCUUAGACAUGUUCUGCUCCAUUCAUCUUGUUCUUUCCUCACUUUGUGAAUGCCUGACUGUAACAUAGUAUUUUUCAGUUAUUGUACAAUCAAAACUGUAUGGAAAAUUUUUUACACUUUGCACUGUUGUGUAACUAUUUUCAUUCCUUCUCAAAAAAGACCUUAAUACGAUUUAAACACGCUUAUCUGAUUAACAGCAACAAUUGAUUUUAAUGAUUUUUUUUCCUUUCAAAACAGAAGUCGCUACGUGAUGAAGAGAUGACAAGUCUAACAGGUGUCAUGAAGAGAAUUAAUCUGAUCAGUGACCUUAGAGCACGGGUCAAGAAAGCUUGUGACUGUGGCUUUCUUCACUGGCACAGGGUGUGUUGAAUGUAGAGAACUGUAGAGAUAAACAGCCAGUUUGUUAUUUUUGCUUUCAGUGUGGCUGGUAGCAACUUUUUUUUGCCUUUGAAUUUUUCGUUUUGCCUCAAGAACAUAGAUAUUUAUCUAAAUUAGAACCUGACAAAAGUUUUCUAUGAAAGACAUAAAGAGGAGCAUUAGUUCAGUAAUGAUUAAGUGGGAGAAUUUCCACUUGAUGGCUCUUUCUGAAAAAAACCAACAACAAAGUCAAACACAUAAGUUAUGGUGUUGACAUGGCAGGCCACAUUGUUGGCAGGCAAGUGCUCUCACCACUGGCCCAGCUCAACCUACUUGGCUAAUGGAGUAGAGCAAGCUUAUUUUCUUCUUUUUGUCUCGUUAAGCUAGCUAUUGUUGCUUUGCAGCAACUGCAUUGUGUAGAUGAAAUUCGUUUAAUUGUUAUGAAAGUUUUACUUAUUUACUGGUUUAUUUUACUAUUUCUCCUUAUGUCCCACGCUAUUUAUGUAGGUCGUGUUUCCAAUUUAUUUGGAUGACUUGUAUGAGAGCGCAACAGAUGUUCAUCGAAUUCAUGUAAGCGACUUUGCCAUGGAUAAUAAGCCGUAAUUUUAUUUUGUCAAUGUUGCAUUUUUAUUCCAGUCAAAACAACUGAUUUUCAGCUUUGCAAUCUUCGUUGGUGUCACUAUAGUUUUUACAUCAAAAACCGAAUGUUUUGUGAUCUUUGUUAUUUUGAACCAUACAUGAUGUAAUAUUAGGCCUCUAUUCCAUUGACCACUGAUUACAAGAUAGGCUGUAGGUCCUUGGUUUAUAUCUUCCCAUCCUAAUUUAUUUCAGUAUAUGAUUAGCGCUCUUGGAGACUGUGUCCCAGUCCUUCAGCAAGUCAAACACGAGGAAUCCCCUCAAGUCAUGUUAGACACGUUUGAGAAGGAGAUUAGUGACACGCUACAUGAAGUAAGUUUAUAUACAAACACUACUAAAGUUAAUAGUCUCUGCUGUUGGGGGGAUAGGAGACACAUGAUGAAGCGGCAAUUAUACCAAAACAAGCUCUUGGUACCCCCCCCCCCCCCCCCCACAAAAACACGUGUUCGGGGCGGAUUUAACAUUAUCCCUCCUUUAAUCACUUUUUCGUACAUGCACGUUUUCCCUUUACUAAAAACCUAUUUACCUGUUCUUUUCACCAGCCCUUUCGGCAAGUAUAUACUAAUAAAACGUUUUAAAAAGAAAUUUAGGACAAGCAUACACAAAAUAAUUUUUAAACAAAACCUUAAUAAGUUAAAAAGCUUUUUCGUUGGGGGGGAAAGGGACCCAAUAUCAAGCCGCAAAUUUACCAAAAAAAUUUCUUUGUUCCCCCCCCCCCCCCUCCUCUAAGAUACAGUUGUGUGGCACGGUGUAAAAUUAUGCCUCACUUAACAGACCUUGCCUUAAUGUAAAUUUUGCCUUUUAAAAAAACCUUUUUCAGCACUUACUUCAACCGCUCUGUCGGGACAUUGAAACAGAUCUGCGUCUUCACAUACACCAGCAUCUACAGCUGGAUGAUCGAAAUCCUUUCAAGGUUUGUAUUUUGUUAGUUGCUUGUCCUGUGCGUAUGAUGUGCGUAUGAUGCUCUACGUCUUGCUAGUAGUAAUAUUUCAUUGUAGGUGGUACGUUGUGCUGCUGCUCAUAAUUAUAAAGAUUCAUUUCCUCUACUUCACCACUACUCAUUGCCCUGCUUGUAUGCAUUUUUUGCGCUUUGCCACUCAGAUACCUUUUAUAAAUUGCAGCAUUUUUGUAGACAACGUAUCCUUUCUCCUCAUUGUUCAAUUCACAGGUUGGAAUGAGAGAUCUCGCGCAGUUUUUGAAAAUAAGGCCCAUCCGAUUUUUUCACCAGUUCGUAAACAUCAAGCGUAAGUUUUCCUAUGGAUUUUCUUCAAUACUUUUUAACUCUGUCAGAUGAAUUUAUGUUGUAGUUGACUUCUUUUCCUUUGUCAUUCGCAAUAAUCGUGCCAAAAAAAUGCACUUUGUAUUAUCGAUGAGCUAAACCGGUGAACAACAGAUGUAAGCCACGAAAACUGUUUUGGCCUCCAUUCUCUUGUUUAUUAGACGUUAUUGUGCACGUUAUUUAUUCCAUCAAAAAUGGAACAAGAGAGUCAUUCCGCUGUACUGCCUAUAAGAAAUAAAACGCUCUUUUGGUUUUUGUAGUACUCUCCAACCCGCAUAUUUUAUUGUACAUAUCCUAUAUCACAAUGUUGAAAUGGAUUUGAAAUUCUUUCUAUAGGACACGUGACCCACUACCUGGAUGCAACGUUUUAUAAUCUGACUACAGUAGCACUUCAUGAUUGGAGGACUUACGGUGAAAUGAGAAACCAGGCAAAACAAAAGUAUGGACUAGAAAUGACUGAAGCUCAUUUACCUAGUCAGACACUCGAACAGGUUGUUAACACUCUCCUUUGUUGUUACUAUUUUUCUUUGUAAUUGUUGUGACGAAUGCAUUAACUUCCCGCUCUGCAAUCCAGCGAUCUGCCGACUCCCGCUAAUCCUACAAGAACACCUGACACCAUUACUGCAGACUAUCUGUCCAGUGGCUUUUGCAUGUUGAGUUAUCUCCUGCCUACUUUGCCCUCCAACAGCAAAUGAGGUACAUUUUGAAUCGUUUCUAGAUGGGCGUGUCGUGGAAGGAGUGAAGAUGGCAACCUAAUUUUUUUAAUGAAAUUUUGCGUUUCAAGUAUCAUUGGUCGAAAUGAAAAAUAACCUUAUUUGUCAUUGAAACGCUUCGUUGACAAAUCUUUGCUUGUGGUCUUGAAACUGGUUUCUUUGUCAGCUGCAAGGUUAACUGCAUUUCUUUGUACAGGGCUUGGAUGUGUUGGAGAUCAUGAGAAACAUUCAUGUUUUCGUGUCCAGAUAUUUGUACAAUCUUAACAAUCAGGUACGAAAAUGGUAUAGCUCAUAAAUGUUAAUCGAUUCAUGAUUUAUAAAGAGCUACAGGGGAUUCUCUUUCGCAUUUUGUUUCUUGGCAGUUAAAACAGUAGCCAUAACAUCAACAGCUUAAAGGAGACCUUCCUUAAAAGUAAAGUGUGAUAACUUUAACUUUCCUGUGUCUUGUUACUUCUCUCAGAUCUUCGUGGAAACUGCGUCGAAUAACAAGCAUUUGAAUACGAUUAACAUUCGUCAUAUCGCCAACUCCAUCCGAACUCACGGAUCAGGAAUUAUGAAUACAACUGUGAAUUUCACUUAUCAAUUCCUGCGCAAGAAGUUCUUCAUUUUUUCACAGUUUCUCUAUGACGAACAUAUUAAGGCAAGACUUAUUAAGGUAGGUGACAUUAUUCCAUCCCAACAAAUGCUUUGUUUUUGGCAAAGUAUCUCUGUACAGUGAUUUUAACCCAUGUUUUCCCUGCUAGGACGGCUGAGUCGCUGACUUAGUUAGGGUGCUUACCAAAUGUCAGAACUACCCGGCGAGACUCGCCAUCUUGAAAAUGAAAAAGGCGUUUUACGAGAGAUGCCAUUAAAACCCAACGCUGCUGUGCAUAGUAUUUCAAAAUAGACUGGCCUAGAUGAAUAAGUCUGAUAAAUACUCGAAUUCUCUUUACGGAAGGGGUAGUGGUGGUCUGGCUGACCACUUCUCUCUCUCCAAUAGUGAGCGCCUUUUUUUAGUCUAACUGGUGCGUUCCAAUUAGAAAUUAGAAUUGUAUGCCAACUGUUUGAAUCCGAACAGAAAUGGUCUUACUCAUUACCUGAGUGUGUAAAUUUAUGUUCUUGUUCCCGAGUAAGAUAAUUUCGCUUCUAGUUAUUCUUUCUAUUUAAUAUCACAGUAACAUUAAUGAAACGCAAGAUAAGGAUUUCAAGAUGGCGCCUAUUCGUUAUAUUGACCCAGUUAGACUAUCAUGUACCAUUGUCUUAACUAGGCUCGUCAUUCUUAUAAUAAUAACCUUGCAGUCCUAGAAGUGACGGUAUAAGAGGAAAUUGUGACUAUGUUGGUGGUUAGUCAGAGUGAGUACAAGGUCAAUGUUCACUAGUAACCGUUCUCCGUUUGAGUCUUUACAUGUUGUUACCUCUUCGCAGGACAUUCGCUUCUUCAAAGAAACAAAGGCACAAAUUGAUCAGAAAUAUCCAUUUGAAAGAGCUGAAAAGUUCAAUAAGGGAAUCCGCAAACUUGGUUUGACUCCAGAUGGCCGUACCUACUUGGAUCAGUUUCGGGUUCUUAUCAGCCAGAUAGGUAACAAGCUGUCGUGACUUGUAAUGGUUAUUAAUAACCUUGUAUGAAAGGCACGGAGAAAGGGGAUCAGACGCGCGAAAACGGGAAGAUUGGAGAGGGGGACAUGCCUUUCCUUUUGAACACCUGUCAAGCAGGCUAUGGUUGUAAUUGAAGUGUUAUGUCAUGAACUAGAAUAUUAAUUAAAAAAACGCUGUAAUAAGUUCAUCCUUUGACCUAAAUUUUUCUAAGUUUUUGGUUGUAUUAACGAAAAAUACACUUAAAUCUAAAUCACAACCGUAAGAAAGUUAUUUGUCGUGGUUUGAAGAAAGUUGAUUUUAAAUUACAAUAGCUUAAAAUUGUUCUCAGUGCUUUGGUCGUAUUCAGAUAUUAAUAUCAUCAACAUCAUGAUCAAGUCUUCUUCCGCCAGUAGGCGCGGCAUAAGGUCAUCACGCUCGCCACGCCACCCCAUCACCGCAGUGCCAUCGCUUUGGCUACUUCCCAGCUCUUCAACCCCACCUUGUUUCUCUCUUUCUCAACAGGUCUUCUCUAAGUAAUUUGUAAUCUCUAUUCUUCUCACCCUUCGACCUUCUAGUGUCCACCCUAAUGUUGUUAAACAGUCUUUCAUACCCUGGGCUCUCCUGAGUAUGUGUUCUAACCACUUCCACCUCCAUCGUCGUACCUCAUUGAUCUCUGCUAUCUCAACAACUCUCUUGUUUGUUAUUCUCUGCUGCUAUCUACAUGUAAUACGCACUAUCCAUCUCAGGCACUGGAAACGAUUUAGUUUCUGUUCAUCGGUCUCGGUGAUAAUCGAGAUAAAUUCGAUAAUCAAAGCUCCGCCCAAAGCGAGACAAAGUGUCUCACUUGUCCGAGUUUUGUGUAGACCUCAAAAACUCGCUCGGACCACGUGACGCGAAAUGCAUUGGCCGCGCGGGAUAAUGAGGCCUAGGGACCAGAAAAGUGAUCUUCCAAGUUUCACGAGCACAUAGCAGGACCCGGCGGUCAAACGGAAGUCUUGAAACAACGUAUCUUGGUUCUACUUACUAUCCCUCUACCAGAUAUUAAUUGGCGUAAAUAGUACUGUUAGGAAAAGUUUUUAAAGUUUUAAGGUGGUAGAAGUUCUUUUUUUGCCAUUAGUUUUGUGCAGACUUUUUUUAUGAUCUUUUGGUUGUGAAUGUUUUUCAUGAAGUAAUCAAUCAUAAGUAUGUUGUAAUAUACGUAACGAUUACGAUGUUGCCACUCAAGUGGUUAGUCCUAAGCCAUUGCUUCUUUUGUUUUUUAAGGAAAUGCCAUGGGCUACAUUCGUAUGAUUCGGUCUGGAGGACUUCACUGUUGUAGUAACGCAAUUAGGUACAUCGUUUAAUCAAAGUAUUAUUUUUGUCUGCGUAAUAAUAACAUCGGCACGUUUAACGUUUAUGAGCUAUUUUGAAUUCUUCAGUGUAACCGUAACAGGAUUCGAAGGUUUCUUUAGAGUUCCUACAAAGAUGUGGCUUCAAUAUCACGAUUUUAUCAUUGUCACGCGACGCGUACCGACGCUACCACUGGUUUCCCAGCGAAAUGCCGUUUGAGGAACGAAAGCAAGAAUUCCAUACUAAUGACGUCUGGGUACUGCUUCUGAUUAGUUGGGAACACUACCCGGAUCUGACUAGUAACACGUCAUCAGGUAUGGAACCAGUGGUAGCGUCCAGGCCUGGGUAGCGCCACCAAAUAUCGGCUGUUUUCUCAGGCAAUUUGUGUACAAGCAAGAGAUAUUUUUAGGGCUCUUCUGGUUAUUUUUUAGCCACUAAGACGUUAAAUUAAAAAUCUUCUUGUGCUUUCUUCAUUGUCUACAGGUUCGUUCCUGACCUUGAGGAUAUCGUAUCUUUUGAGGAACUCGUGAAGGAGGAAAAUUUGUCAGAAGAAUCACAGCAGGCCUCGAAGUGAGUUUUUCCAACGAGAACCAAAGUAAUGGAAACAACAAUUUAAGCAGUCACCUCUUACUUUCUUGCCGGACGGCAUUUAUCAAAACUCUAAAUCUGUCUCUAAUCACCAGAUCUGUAUGCUUGUCUCUUUGUUUUCUCUGAUGUUCUUUCGUAACUUCUUUUGGUGACCACCAGCAAAAAAAACUUUAUACUUUUAUUUUUAGAAAUUUAGACGCUGCAAUUGACAACUUGGCAAAGAACUUUGCAGGAGCAACAGAAUAUUUCAAGGUAAUAUAUUAUAAAGUUUCUAUCAGCAACCAUACCUUUCUUUCCUUCCUUGAGUUAACACAGUUUUAUUUAAUUUACCUUCGCUGCUCUAUUUAUUUGCAGCUUCUCGUUGAAGUUUUCGCGCCUGAAUUUAGGGACAGCAAGAAUAUGCACCUAAGGAAUUUCUAUGUUAUCGUUCCUCCCCUGGUAAGUGGUCAGCGGAGAGUCCUUUAAACGUUCCUGCAUGUAAAAGGAUAAUCGUAUGAUGAUGCAUGACGUCAUUUUACUACAGCCGCCAGAAUGCUUGAGGAGUGCGUUUUCUUGUGCACAUAAGGUCUCUUGCUGUUUUAAUCUCAGUGGCAUACUGGUACUUAUAAAUUUAAAUAAGAAAAGCGCAGACGAAAUGAAUUCUGGUCGUUUGUAGCCAAAUGACGUCACCCUGAAAAUUGUUUAUUGAUUCUCGCAUUUUCUAGAUCUUCCCACUGCUUGAUUUUGCUUAGACUUCACAGUAAUUGUUCGUUUGGCACGCUACCAUUCUGUCAUGACUGUAGCUAUAGUUGCUAAAAAGUGACCCCAAAAGUCCACAUUAGACGUUGAUACAAUUGUCUAUUGAUGUUAGACUCUUAACUUUGUGGAGUACAUGUUGAGCUGCAAGGAAAAACUAAACAAGAAAAACAAAGUUGGAGCUGCUUUCACUGACGAUGGAUUUGUGAUGGGUAAGAAUCUUGUACAUAUUCAAUUUCAAACAGAAGCAAUUACUGUUUUUCGCGUGUCAUUAGCACCGACGAAAGAAAAGUCUGAAGCCUUGAAAUCUAUUCGAACCCCGCCCCCCAGACCUCUCAAACAGGUCGCUGAAUGAGGUUUAACUUCGUCACCUUAAACAAAGAUAUCGGCAAAUGGUGACUAAAGCUUUGUUAUGCGUAAAGAUUAGAAUUUGUUACCACCGGAGUUACAUUGGCAUCGGAGUUGUCGUAGCAACGUAAUGACGUCAAGACCUAUUUCACCUUCGGUCACAUUUCUUUAUCUGCUGAAUUAAUUCUGGACUUAUGUAAGUUUCUUUUUAAUUGUCAAGUAUUAUUUCCCUCCUACAGGUGUUGCGUACAUUUUAAAGCUGUUAGAUCAGUAUCAUGAAUUUGACUCGCUUCAUUGGUUUCAAUCUGUACAAGAAAAGUACGCCAAAGAAAAGGUUUGCUUACUACGCCCUUUUUUUUAUUGUAGACGUGUUCUACUGCUCUUCUGCUGUACUUCGGAAGGAAACUUUAAGAUUUUGCCUUGUUUUUGUUCUACCCUGUUUUUAGGCUGAAGUGAAGGCCUCUCUCAGUCGUGGGACAGCACGGGACGAGAAACUGCAGCAGACUAUGAAUUUAACUCUUAAACGCCUGAACACAUACCAACAGGUAGGUGACAGCAAUUUUUCCUUAUGAAAAAAAGAAGCCGGGUAUAUUACUAAAAGGGUUUUUUUUACAACUUGUGAGACUAUUAUGCAAAAAAGACCAAGUAUUUGGUUUUAGGUACUCUAGCUCUUGAUUGAAAACCAUGUGUGACUUGUGUAUCUUCAGUUGUUGUUAUAAACCACAACUAUUGUCAUGAUUUGAUCCUCUUCUCAGUAUUGUAGACCAUGUUUUACUUUUGUUUUGGUUUGUUCUUUUCCAGGAAUUCGAACUGGUGUACUUUUCGCUCAAUAGUGCUAGAAUCUUUUUCAGAGCUGACAAAACUGCAGAAGAAGAAAAAGAGGAGAAGGAAAGCAAAGAAAAUUCAGAAGGUAAAAUAACAGAACAAGGAAGGUUGGAGUUUUAAAGCGUUUGCAUCCUGUUUCCUUUCAGAGAACCGCUCUCAUAUUUAUGCUGUAAAUCGUUCAGUUGGUUGCCAUGAAUUAUUGAUGAAGCUCAGUAAUGUUGUUGUUGUUGUUUUUUUUAAUUUCAUCUUCCAUGUCUCCUUACAGGUGCUCCUUCAAAUGAAGAUGCAGCAGCCACUCCUCCUCCUCCUCCUCCUCCAGUCGAGGCAACAUCUAGUUGAGCAGGAGACUGAAAAAGGAGAAUUCAUUUUUUUUUCUCUUUUUUUAAUUCAAAUUUAUUGACAAAAAGCGGUCGAACCUACCAUAAGCAGACACCCUUCGACCAGAAAAAGAUUCCGGUUAAGAGAGGUUAAAAGUACAUUGUUUGAACAUCUUCAAUCAUAGCUAAGGAGUAGUAAUCGAGAUCUUGGCAAGCGGGUUGGCCUGUCUUCUUAUAUGAACAACGAAAAUUUUAUAAGGAAUCAAGGCACGAGCCGGGCUAACCUGGUAAAGUGGGCCAACUUAGUUAGCCGGGCCCUCUCACGUCGUAUAAACAGGCCCUUAAUGUUAGCUCACGGUAUGCUCUUUUGC